AUGUCUUUUCACGAGACAAACCACACCGCCUCAUCAGCGGAGCAAGAAUCCGGGCUCUUCGAUACAGCGCCGCCAAAGGUCGCUCUACCAUCUCGCGAGAAAGGGCCCGAAGAGCGAAAGCCCGAAGAGCCAAAGCCCGAAGAGCCACAGCACCCUGAUGACAAACUCUAUUCGGAUGAGGAUGAGACGGUUGAGGGUCUGAACAUGGAGGGUGUCGAGCAGCAGCAACAACAGCCCGCCCCAGCACCGGACCAGACGACGAAAAUUCCGGACGAUGUCGAAAUGGAAGAGGGAACUGCUGGAUCCGACAAGACCGCCUCGGAUAAAGGCGAAGAAAACGAUGAGAUGGGAGAAGAGGAGACGGCAGAAGAGGAGACACCCCCUUCACCCGACAAAGAAAAGGACAAGCCAAAGGACGAGGACGGCAAUGUCGAAAUGGGCGAGGCUGAAGACCCUCCUCUUGUGGAGCUGUUGGUGCCCUUCAAGCGCAAUGAACUCCCACUGUGGAUGGACAAGCAGAUCCAUGAGCACCGCGCUGAGGACUACCCGUCCACCAUUCAAAUCGCCAUCGGCAGCAAUGAUCCGUUUCCCGUCAGCACAGAGGGCAUCUUUCAAUUGCGUGGUUGCGAUAUCAACACGCGAUACCUUCCCGACGCUCUGAAAGGAGGACGGCGCCAUCGCACGAUUAUCGUCAGCGACAAAAUUUCCGGCUGUCUGGGAAGCCACUUUGAGCUGUCGCUCGAUGACGCUCUCCUGGCCGACGACAUCGAGCCUAUAGCUCCGGUUACGAAGGGCAAAGGCAAGGGCAAGGGAAAUAAGCUUGCAGCACCACCGAAGAAGGUCGAGGCUCCUGAGCCACCGAAGGAAGAAUGCAUCAAGGCCAAGUUCCACCUCGAUACACAGACGCCACAUAUCGAGAUAUCGGCGUACGACUCCAAAACCAGCCGCUGGGUGUCGACACGUAUCUGGGCUCAGGAGUUUAUCUGGACUACAGAAGCUCCUUGGAUCGGAUUCGAGAUUAUACAACUCCCGUCCGGGGCAGAUGCGCCUGCGGUGCCAAGGGAUACAAAGGUAGAAGACCUGGUUGAGAAGAUGCGUACUCUGGACAAAACUACGGUUGUGCAAUGCAACAUUCAUCUGAACAAUGUCAAGGAUCGCGUCUGGGACGGACUGACCGCUUCUCGCCUGGCAGAAAUUCGUUCCAAAGGCAUCGGCAAAGAGGCGGGUACUCUAGAGUCUCUCGUUCGAUGCUUGGACAAGUCGGAUCAAUUCGGCAUGCUCUUCACAUCUAAGUCGGGCAAAGGGAACCUUACCAAGUGGACGCAGAAGCUCGACGACUACUUUCGGAGUCUCUUGUGCCUUGCGAAAUACUGGGGAAACUUUUGGUUCUACCGCCUCCAGUGCAUUCAGGCCGAACUUCACGGGAACGACAUCGAACUCCCCGAUCUGCCAAAGGUGAACUGGGCUGUACCCCGAUGGUUGGUGACCGAGUGGACUACAACGAGGACUACGACAUCUGGCCGCGUCACACAUUCCAUGCCGGUCCCGUACAAGUGGCAACCGCUCGAGUUCCCGGAUGAAUUCCCGGACGCGAAUGAGACUGCGUUCCUCUUGAAGAUGGCCGUCGAGCAAGAGCGGGAUACCCAGAAGCGCAACCUCAGGGCUUUGGUUCAGAGCGACGGCACCAAGUGGUUCCAGGGCAAAUUCUUCGCCCUCCAACACGACGGCGGUGAGCACACCUACUCCGUCGGAGUAUACUUGGGUAUGCCCGAUAUGCUUGCAGAUGCCGACGUCAAGAUCCCCGCUGCCGGCACUCGAAUCACGCUGGGCAUCGCCCGCGACAACCAUGCCGCGCCAUCCAAGAACUUGGUCAAGAUGACCGGCACAGUGGUUUGGGACGAAUCGCGAAAGAGCACCGCAACUUUCGUCUGCGUCAUGACCUCUAACAAAGGACCGCUCAAAUGCGCCGACAACGGGUCUACCUAUCCGAUUUACAUCGAGUACAUUGUCGACAACGUUCCUUUUGACAGGCAGCUCAGAGCCAUCUCCGACGGGCAGCGAGCGACAACAAAAGCCGCUGGUCCAGACUUUAGGCGGAUCGUUCUCAAUUGCCAGGAGCCAGCCACGGGUAGCGACGCUCUCAAGCAGAAGACGACCCCGGAGCAGCUUGUUGAGUUCAACCGGAUUCUCGCCAACGAUUUCACAUUUCCGCCAAAUCAAGUUCAAACUGCUGCUGCUCUCGACACAACAACGUCUGAGAAUGGGGUCACGACGAUUAUCGGACCUCCAGGGACCGGCAAGACAAUGAUGGAUACGCAGAUACUCUGGGCCAACGGCAAGCUAGGCCGCCGUAUCAUGGGUGUCGCACCUACAAACUCGGCGAGAGAUUCACUUGUCGAGGGCUUUAUUCGUCAGAACGACAGCCGGCCAGUCCCAGAGCAGUUUGCUGACCAUCUUUGGGUCGUCUUCACCGGUUCGCAGUCUAGCAUCGCAGGUGCGGAGCGAUUGGAGCACCGUGAGAAGAAGGCGCAAACCAACGACGAAUUGCAGCUGGUACUGAAGAAUCGUGAGUAUUGGGCUCAUCUUCACGAUGCGCAGUCGCGUGAUCGCUCUCCCGAUUCCGUACACAGUCUUGGAUCCAAGCUGCUUCGACGCAUGAAUGUCUGGAAGGCACACGCUACUUUCGACACUCUGAAUGGCGACCAGCUGUACACUUGGUCGAACGACUGGUUCGAUACGAACGACAAGCUUCGGUACAUCAGCGAGAAAGAGGAGAAAGACGAGGCCAAGAAGCAUCUCGAAGCCCUCGAAGCACAUCUGGCCGCUCGCUUCCUGAAAGACGUGCAGUAUUGCUUCUGCACCAUAUCGACAUCGGCCCACGCGCUUUUGCUCGAGAGUGGUGUGUGGGAUCUGAUUGUCAUCGACGAGGCCGCUCGCGAGACUCGUGCUGGUAUUGCCACCAUCGUGGGUGCAUUUACCAAUCGCUUUCGUCAACUCGUCGUAUCUGGAGACCAUUGGCAGGGCGAGGGUACCGUGGUCGGCAAGGAUUCCAAUAUCGGCUAUAAGCUCCUCUCUCGCAACGUAUUUGAGCAGCUCGCCGAUGUCCACAACAAGCGGUCCGACAACACAACUCCCGUUGGUGUCUUCAUGCUCAAAGAAGGUUACCGUAUGUCGGAAGCUCUGAUGAACUGGUCUAAUCGCUUUUGCUACGGUAACGAACUCGAAGCCCAUAGACUCGCAGGUAUCUGGAACCAACCACUCCGCAACACCCUAGAGGCCUACUGGAAUCAAUGUGUGCGAACCGGCUUCCGCGGAACCUACGAGCAGAUCGCACUGGAUUGCAACUUCGAGUCUGUAGUCCAGCCGGGCGGAACCACGAGGGUCAACGUCGGCGAAGCCAAGUUCAUCGCUUGGAGGAUCAAGGACAUGUUGGCUUUCGUGCCACCAAAAUCAGCCCGUGGCGUCUAUUAUGCGCCCAUCGUGGGUACCGACUUCAUCGUUAUCUCGAGCUUUAUUGGUCAAGUCUCCGCUAUCCGUCAAGCUUUGCGUGAGGACUCACCUGGACAGAAGGUGGACCAAAAGGAGCUCGACGGAGUACGAACCCUACUCGGUACAACCAGUUGGGUUCAGGGCAAAGAGGCUCCCAUUGCGUUCUACUCUUUGACGGUGUCAGCUGGAAGCACACGACUGGCAUCUGAUGAUCGCCUCCCGAUAGGAUUCGUUGCGGACGUCAAGAACUUCAACGUGUCUAUCACACGACAGCGAGUCGCCCGCUACAUCGUGGGAAACUUCAAGCUCUUCGUCCAAGCCAUGAUCGACAACCAUCGGGUGGUCCACACGCAUGUGCCUUUCUUCGCGCACGUAGACUACAUGAGAAAUGGCCUUUUCAUUCUCUCACAAGAGGAGUCAGAAUACUGGUGCCGCGAGCGCAAGCGUCCCGAAGAGGCUCAUAGCUUCGAGAUCAAGCUGCGCAGCAAGUCCACGUUUGAUCGCGACGCCAUGGAAAUGCCAGAGAACACCGUGGAGUCUGGAUUGCACGACGUCGACUCGCGGCCGACAACCACCGGCCGCACCAAGCCUACCGCUGCGCCGCCGAACGUCAAUUUUCCCGGGCUGCCCGACAAUAAGGUCACCAAGCCCAAGAAAAAACGUGGCGGCAAGGGUGCAAAGCAUGCCGCGAAGAGGAAAGACAAAGAGGGCGGAGACAACGAGGGAGACAACGGCGGCCAUGGAAACGAGUCUGGCCAGGGCAGCGCUACCUGGGGAACGUAG